AUGUAUCAGUAUUGGUUUGCGUCUGCAUUGAUUAUUGGGAUCAGCGUUGCUAACUUACUCUUGUCGAAUUAUCUACGUCCGGGCGCAAUUCGUAGAUGUCAAAGUGCGCUUUUUGGCGUAGUAUCGAGUGCUCAGGGAAUAAUUCUGGUUGCAACCGGAUUCCUCGUAUUGUUUUUUGGAAUUAAAGAACUUAAGGAUAUAUUAUUAGAGGAGGAGACUAGAAGUUUACUUGAAAGAGCAAGGUUCCAAGAGGAUUCAAGAACUUCAUCAGAUACCGAAUCUCAUAUGUCUGGAAACAACAACUCUAGUUCAGCCAUUAACGCGAAUGUUUCGAGAGCAACUUCACGAACCGAUCCGGGACAUUUCGCUCAAAAAGUUAACACAGUUCCAGCCUCUUAUGCAGGACCGAAUCGUUCACCGGUAAAUCAAAGUAAUAUUAACCAGAAUCGAGCACCCAUUGUCCCACUUUAUUCGACACCUGCUAGUAGCAUGACUGCAGAUCAAGCCAAUGUGACCACAAAAAUAGGGAUGCCACCAAGAAAUUAUCAACCACCGCCAGGGCAUUACCAACAACCACCACCGCCGAAAAACAACUUUUCUUCACCCAACAAAAAUAAUUAUCUUCCCAUUUCCAACAAUAGUGCUUAUCCUCCCUCUUCCAACAAAAAUGCUUAUCCUCCUACAUCAAGUAACCUAAAUUACUCAUUAUCAAACAAAAGCAAUAGUAGUCUCAUUGGACCCAAAAUGCCGGGACAAAUUCCAUCAAAUUCAAAGCCCAAUAAUUAUUCGACUCAGCCAUUACCUCCAGAAAAUUAUCCUGUAGCUUUACCGGAACGAUCUUAUGCAACUGAUCGAUAUGGUCCUCAGACAUCAUUACAAAACCCAAUGUCCUAUAGCUCCCCGUUAUCAAAUUUCUCUGGUAAAAGUAAACCCUCGAUGAGACAACCGGCGGUACCGCCUUCGAGUAACUGGAAUUAUCCGCCAAAUACCCGACAACCAGCAAUGGUGAACAACCUACCACCACCAGUGAAUAUCAGUCGUCAUCCGUCACCUGUGCCAUCAAUUCGAUCUCAGCAAAAUAUCCAAGGUUAUCAGGCCGGUGGCGACGAUUAUGCUAAUGAUUAUAAUGAUUACGUAAUUCCGUCAAAUGCAUAUAACGUACGUCCAGUUGAUGUGAAAACUUAUACGCCAAAUUUGACAAGAGGUGGGAUGAAUCAGUAA